ACGGGGACUGGGGCGUUGCUCUUCGCUGCCCAGGGCGGCUUCCUCGACAUCGUCACCAUCUUGCUCGAUAAUGGCGCCAAAAUCAACCAGGCCUCGAAGGACGGCGGAACUGCGCUCAUCGUGGCAGCGCAGUGCGGUCACCUGGACGUUGUGACCGAGCUGCUGCGACGCAACGCCGACCCCAACAGCGCCAUGAAGGACCGAGCCACCGCGGUCUUCGUCGCAGCACAGAACGGCCACACCAGCGUCGCCAGGACUCUCCUCAACGCCGGGGCCAAGGCCAACGUGAGGCGGUUGGACGGCGCUAGCCCACUGUGGAUUGCGUCACAAAUGGGACAUCAAGGUGUUGUGCGUCUACUAAUGAGUCAUGGUGUCAACCCAGAUAUCUGCAGACACGAUGGAGCAACCUUGUUCAAGGCUGCCCACAAGGGACAUGUGGAGGUUGUCCAUGAGCUGCUUCCCUAUAAGCCUUGUCUGGGUCUCCUAAGGAAUGGAGAAUCUGCUCUGCAUGCAGCAGCAUUGUAUGGUCAUGUCCGAGUCUUAAAGGCACUGGUGCAAGCAGGUGCUGAUCCCGGCCUCAAGAAUGAUCAGGGUCUUACCCCAAUCCAGAUUGCUGCUCAGGCUCGACACCCAGAGGCCGUCCAGCUACUGAAAGAUGCCCAGUCUAAAAGGAAAGAAGGAGCGCAAACACCACCCAAACAGACAUCACCUGGGCCACGAUCCCCUCGCCUUGUGCAGAGCAUGAGUGGCAAUGUUACUUCAGGGCUAGGGAGUCAGAGUAGCAGCCGAGGUUCUUCUCGAAAUAGUUCCUUAGGUACUAUUGUAGAAACCAGCCCAGUACUGCCGCGCUCUGUAAGCUCUCCAAGUAAACUCGCGUCCUGCCAGUAUGUUUCAUGUGAAUUGAGUAACAUUGUGGAUGGUGGAGCACGGUCCAAGAUGCCAUGGAGGUACUGGUUCUUUACAUCUGUUGCUGGCCACAAUGCUUCUUCUAACCCUUCGCCAUCUCCUAGUAUUUCCAGUGAACCUUCACAGUCCAUGAUCACAGCCCUGCAGAAGGCCCCACGACAUGCCUCUCACACUGAUGUCAGCAGUGUUAAAAACAUUUUCCGUAGAACUCUUGCAUCCUUUAGGCGAUCCAGUAUAGCAAAAAGAAGUGACAAACCACACGAACCAUGA